AUGACACGGAAACUAUCAACUCAAGAGAAACUCAACAGAAGACCAGCCAGCCGCGCCUGCAGAUUCUGCCAUCGAAAACAUCUCCAAUGUUCAAAUGAACGUCCGUGCAAAAAUUGUGUCAAGCGGGAUAUCGCCCACCAGUGCCAGGAUAUUGAACGGAAGAAAGCGAAGUACCUCCGUCAAAGCGAAUUUUCAGAUUCCCAAAGUCGAGGUAGCCCAGAAGAAGACACCUUUAAUGAGCAAUUUAACCUUGAUUCGUCUUCAGUUUCGGUACCACCAUCCGAUCCCACCACAAAUACUCUGGAAGCAGCCGCCACCAAGACUCAAAACCUGGUUUUUCCUCGUGUGGAGUCUGUUAACACCACGGAUGAAGUACUAUCGAAGCUUUUCUCAGUCGAGAUGAAACCUAGCCAUUCCGAUUACCUCGAUAAUGUGUUUGAUUCGAACUACUUGGACCAAGAGUACAAGAUGUUGGGGGAUAUCAUCACCAACUCGAAGCCAACAUCUCCCACACCGUCAGGGUCCAUGAAUACAUCUGUUCGGUCAAAAACCCCUACUUUCAUAAGUCCGGCCAUGUUCAAUGAAGAUAAGCUUAAAGAUACUCGGCCAUUUAUUUCUUUUGGGGUUCCAGAGGAAUCGAUUGAAGAGCAGGACCAAAUAGACAAACAGUUUCAAUCGGGAAACACCAACCACGAUACAAACGUGGACUUGACUACUCAUUUGAAGGGGAAUAUUUCUUCGAAUACUUAUAUGUCUCCAUUGGCUACGCAUCAAGUUUACAAGGCAGUUCAAGACAUUUACUCAAAUGAUAUUAUUUAUUUUGACUAUCCCCUGCUGUACCAUUCACUUACAUUCUUCCUCAAGACCCGGUUUCUGGGUAAGAAUUUGCCUGAAGACCAAAAACAAGCAAAGAGAAACAACUUGCUUAUUAUCCUCAAGCUCAUCUCCAGUUACAGACCUACAUUUAUUUCUGCGCACAAGUCGCUUUACAAGCCAUGGGACUUACAAUUUCUUGAAAUGACUUUCCAGAGGUCGCUAAUUGACUUUGAAAAGCUUUCACAACUAAACAGCUCACCAACCAUCAUCUGGAGAAGAACGGGAGAAAUCGUGUCGAUAUCAAAGGAGUUGGUUAGUUUACUCAAUUGGAAUACCCACAACAUUCUUAGCAAAAGAACAUUUAUAAUGGAACUCAUGUAUGAUGAUGAGUCCGUGAUCAACUACUUCCAGCUUUUCAAAUCAGUGGCUGUCGGGAACUUGCAUUCUUCUAUCCUUACCAAAUGUAAGCUCAUUAAGCUUGAAGGCGCCGAUCAGGCCAAACUGGGGAUUUCGCAGCCAAUAUCCGGGAAUGAUAAAUAUAUGGAAUUUUGCUCGGUAUGGACCGUCAAGAGAGAUAUCUUCGAUAUUCCCAUGUUAAUCUUGGGCCAGUUUUUACCGAUCCUUUCUCCAACAGAAAACUUUAGAAUGUACUGA